UCACAUUUGUCUUCAUCAGCAAAACAAUGACAUGGACUGAAGCUCAGAGCUACUGCAGAGCAAACCACACAGACCUGGCCAGUGUGAGAAACAUGGAGGAAAACCAGAAGAUAAUGGAGCUGCUACCUUCAAGACAAGAUGUCUGGAUCGGCCUUUUCAGAGACUCCUGGAAGUGGUCGGAUGGAAGUAACUCCUCAUUUAGGUACUGGAUCACAGGUGAACCUAAUGGGCCCAAGGAGAACUGUGCGGUAGCAGACUUCAGCAGCUCUGGAAAAUGGGUGGAUGUGAUCUGUGAUCACAGGACAGCAUUUAUCUGCUACAGUGCACCUGUCUCAAAGAAAGUGGUGAGAGUGAGGCUCAUGAAGAAAAGCUCCUCUCUGGAUCUGAAUGACCCUGCUGUGAUGGAAGACAUCUUGAGGCAGCUCAAACAGAAGCUGAAGGACAAAGGAGCAAAUGAAGACAUCAAACUGAGCUGGAGGAAGCAGUUUGAUGGAAACGUCUUCCACAAAGAGACAAAGAAGAACAUCACUUAA